UGCCUAUCCUGACGUGAAGUUUGUUAUUUAGAAACUAUUUAACUCUAGCCACAAAAUGACGGAAAUUCGGGACGACAACAUUGUACCGGAAAACACCCCCCCCCCUGCUCGUUGAGAGUUCUGCUCUUCAGUCCGGUGUCAGUUUAGCCGACAUUACACCUGCGCCGUUAAACCUCGUCGAAGACAAGACGUAAUGAGAGGCUUUCGAGGAGCUGCUUUACUCACUUCACUGUUGAUCUACCUCCCGCCGGUCCAGAUGACUUAUAUCUUUGUCUAUGGGACUCUGAAGAAGGGUCAGCCCAACUCCUUCAGGAUGCUGCCGGACCAAGGGAACGGGAAAGCAGAGUUCUGUGGUCACGCCCGCACCGUAGACGUCUACCCGCUGGUGAUCGCUGGGAAGUACAACAUCCCCUACCUGCUGAACCGCCCCGGGGAAGGUCACAGGGUCCAGGGGGAGGUGUACAGGGUGGAUGACACCAUGCUGAGCUUCCUAGACGCCUUCGAGGGCUGCCCCACCAUGUACCAACGCACCUCCGUUCAGAUAGAGCUGGAGGACUGGAAGGUGGAGGGGACAGAGAGGAGCCCAGGCAGCAUGAUGGAGGCCUUCUUCUACAGCACCACCUCCUACCAGCCUGCCUGGCUCAAACACAACUUCUAUGAGAACUACGACGCCUACGGAGACCAUGGCUUGGUGUACGUCGACAGGGAGGACAGAGUUCCACUGAAGGAUCUAUAACCUGGGUGCCAUCAUGGUAGCAGCACCAGCAGGUCUGGGACCUGGCUAGAGGAUAGAUAGGCUGCUACACAGGAUAGCUUUUUAGAUAUGUUGUUUUUACAGUUAACUACUUUCUACUGUCCAGGGAUGCAAACUGCUGAGGGCCCUAAAAGGAGACACUUUGUUGUUGUUGUACUGAAACAUGUAAUAAAUCCCUGCUAGAGGGGAAAUGCAGGUUUUAACUAAUUAAACAACAAAAUAUGAUCAACAUGAUCAGUCUCUGUGUGAAAUAAAAAGUGGUUCAUGUGAACCGAACUCACAGCUAAAACAUGUAAAGAAAACAAUCCAAUGUUAUUUGUUGCCUAAACUUUACUGCAAAUGACACUCAAGUCUUCAGAAAAAAACAAUACACUGAUAU